AUGUCCCUCACGUCUCACGACAUCCAUCCUAUCGCAAAGCGGCACGCUCUUUCUAUCGUGACAAUGCGACACAACGCGACAAUUAUGCGAGUUUGCACUUAUAUGCUCGAGGACAUUCCUGGUCGCCUACACUGGAUCCGCGAACUUGAAGUUGGGUUCGAUGACAUGACCGACACAUCAGCCUAUCCUUCACAGGACCACCUUCAUUUAGGCAACACCACAGCGCGCUUGCUGGUAUCUCUCUUCGAGAAUGCCAUCCAUCUCAGAUCGCUCUGGUUUCUAUACUCGUUCGACACGUUGCUGUUAAAGCAGCCCCGCAUUGGACCUGCCCUCUCAGCAUUGCGCCAUUUACGGAUUCUGAGUCUCCCCUCACCGCUUUUGUCUCUAAACCUGAACCCCGGGGACAAGAGCAAGACAGAAUCACUCGCAAUACAGAGGCAGAUGCUGAGGGAGAUGCGCAGCAGACUGAUAGAGCUAUCACUUUCUAUCCCGUCUAGUGACCUCUCUAGCAUCCAACAUAUGCAGACCAUCAGACGUCUCACCCUCUCGCAGCUUCAUUCAGAUAACGAAGAGCAUCCAAGCCAUGCCGAAAGGUCACAACUCUCAUUGUCCUGGCCCGCUGUAUCGAGCCUGACGCUGGGUCGUUGUCGGCUCUCGAUGUCCGAUGUAGCCCGAGCUUUCCCCAAUGUGCGAGAACUACGCGCGGACUAUCUGUCUGGCUCGUCCUCAACGAGCAGCGUAUGUUGGCCACAUUUGGACUACGUCGAGGGACCUAAAGCGCUCUUCGGGACAUGGUCAUUCGAUUGUCGUAUGCACCAUCUGUCGGUGACGUCGAUUCUCCACCUUGCGACCGCCGAUGACGUUACUGUGUUACAUGCGAUACGACAGAUGUCGCCGAGAGUGCUAGAGUUCACAGUUCCACCAAUGCAGGAUGAUACCUUCUGGGCGAGUCUGGCAGAAAUCGCGCCUCAAGUACGCAGUCUGGAGAUCAUGACAUGGGUGUUCUGGAGUGAGACGGACCUGGUGUUCAAGAUGGCUCAACAAUUGAUUUUAUAUGCGGGCGAUCCAAACCUAGCGGUGGCUCAUGGAAAAUUGUGCACCCGGAUAAAGAACGAACUGUAG